GUGUCCUCUCCUUACCCACACCACACAACAGUACCCUCCCUUCUUUACCAAUCCAAACAAACACUUUAAUCACUCCCCGCCGGCCACUUCUUCCUCCCCUCAAACAUGGAACUCACCCAUCUCUCCGACCGUCCCCUCCACUCCAUUCCCAAAACUAACCCCAACCCACCUCUCCAUCUCCUCCAAGAUCGAAUCUUGCGCAAACCCCACUUCCGCCGCCGCCUCCCCGCCGUCAGAGCCUGUGCAAUUGGACUUCCGGCGCCGGUUCCGGCCACUUUAGAACAGCCAGGAGGGAAAAUGGUUGUAGAAUUAGUGGGGGCCUUUAAUGAACUGACUGAGAGGAUGGACAUGAGUGUCUUGUCUACAUGCUCCUCCAGAUUGUUGUUCAAGACACUUAAGUUGAGCAUACCUAUAUUACAGGCCUUGCCUAUGUCACCUGAUGGAAGGUCUCCUCUGUCUAGGGCCUUGUCUGUUGCUCUUAUUCUUGCCGAUCUUCAGAUGGAUGUAGAAGUUAUUUCAGCUGGUAUACUGAGAGAAGUUUUUGAUGCAAGAGCGAUAUCUAUGCAAGAAGUGAGAAAGGAGAUCAGUACCGGUGCUGCUCAUCUGUUGCAUGAAAGUUUGCGAGUGAAGAAUAUUUCUUCGAAAGUUGAAGUACUCGAUGACGACACUGCUUCUGCAUUAAGAAAGUUCUGCCUUACAUACUAUGACUUCAGGGCAUUGAUUCUGGACCUUGCUCUCAAGCUUGAUAUGAUGAGAAAUUUGGCUUACCUGCCAAGGUAUCAGCAGCAAGUUGUAUCUAUUGAGAUAAUGAAGAUACAUGCUCCUUUAGCUCAUGCUAUCGGAACCCAUGUUUUAUCCUUGCAGUUGGAGGACCUAUCAUUUCAGUAUUUGUUUCCUAAUUCUUAUCUGUAUGUUACAACCUGGUUAAGGGAUCAUGAAACAGAAGGCAAGCCUCUUCUAGAUACAUACAAGGAACAGUUGUUUCAGUCACUUAAAUCUGAUCCUAUAUUAGCAAAGAUGGUAGAAGAAAUAUCAGUUGCAGGCCGCUAUAAAAGUCGGUAUAGUACUAUGAAGAAACUGUUGAAAGAUGGUCGUAAACCUGAAGAGGUAAACGACGUCUUAGGACUACGAGUCAUAUUAAAACCAUCAUCGGAAUUUAUUUCAACAGAAGGAGGUGAGAGAGCGUGCUUUAGGGCACGUGAAGUGAUCCAAUCUUUGUGGAAAGAAAUGCCUAACAGAUACAAAGACUACAUUUCAAGGCCUAAAGAAAAUGGAUACAAAAGUUUACACAUGGCAGUAGAUCUUAGUGAUAAUGGAAAAAUUAUACCACCAAUGGAGAUACAGAUACGGACUGUAGAGAUGGACAUGCUGGCAGCUGGUGGUAUAGCAUCUCACGCAUUGUACAAGGGUGGCCUCACUAAUCCGGAGGAGGCAAAGCGUCUUAAGGCUAUAAUGAUGGCUGCAGCUGAAGUUGCAGCAUUGCGUCUGAAAGAUUUUCCUUCCACAAACCAGAAAGCUCUUGAGGGUGAUCAAAGACAUCGAGUAUUUCGUCUUCUAGACAAGAAUGGAGAUGGUAAAAUCAGUAUUGAGGAAUUAACGGAGGUAAUGGAGGAGCUGGGUGCCCAAGGGGAAGAUGCCGGGGAGAUGAUGCAAGUCUUGGAUGCCAAUAGUGAUGGGUCCUUAAGCUCUGAUGAAUUUGACCUAUUUCAGAAGCAGGUUGAUCUAAUGCGCAACUUGGAAGACAGAGAUCAGCAAUACAAGAACUUGUUGAAUGACAAGCUUCAAGUGGUUGAUGGUAGCAGCUUGAUUCAAGUGUACAGAAAAGAGCUUGGAGAUAAGCUUGCGGUAAGUUAAACAAUCUCAUCUAUGUAUAUAUAUAUUUAGAUUGUUUCGCAGCAAGGGGAUAAAUAUUAUUCUGUGAGCAAACUACUUGUUGUACAGUGUAAAAAGUUUAGUGAUGUACAUAAAGUUGCAUGUAUAGAUCUGUCAGUUAUAUACUGUAUGUAUUGUUUGAGGGAGCUUGAGGAAUCAGUGUCUAAGGUGAGAUGGUCCUAGAAAUUUGAUCCAAUAAAAAUUUGUAAUAGCUUACUCCGAUGAAAUAUAUUUCAAUUUACGCUUUUCAGUUA